AUGCCUGAGAGUGGGCGGGGCCGAGUCGACGUCACGACGCCGCGCGCGGCUGCGGAAUGCGGUUGCCUAGCAGCGCGUGGGCGGGGCGGGCGAGAGACGCCACAUCCUCGGCCGAGGCUGGGCAGCCAAGAUGGCGGCCGCCGGGCGAAGGAGGCGGAGGCGCAGGAGGCGAGGAGGAGAAGGAGGAGAAGCAGGAGGCGAAGGAGGCGCCGGGACGGCCAUGCCGCUCUCGGGAAGGGCCGCUCUCCUCCUGCUCCUGCUGGUGGUGCUGGACGGGGCCCUGGCGGUCGCGGGCCAGAGCGAGAACGGUGAGGAGGGAGGAGGAGGGAGGCCUCGGGGUCCCGAUCCGAAGGGGCGUCAGGCUCCGCGCUCGCCCGCAGGAACAGCCCCUUCCCCCUCUUCCUCGCCCCUCUUCUCUUCUUCCACCUCUCCUCCUCCUCUCUUCCUGCUGGUUUUUAUAUACAAUAUGCUGUUUUCAGAUAUGCUGUAAGCUGCCUAGAGUGGCUGGGAAAGCCCAGCCAAAUGGGGGGAGGGUAUACAUUAUUAUUAUUAUUAUUCCUCGUCUUCCUUUUCCACCUCUUCUUCCUUCUCUCCUUCUUCUCCUAUUCCACUUCUCUUCUUCCUCUUCCCCUCCUUUCUCUUCUUUUCCUCUUCUUCCUUCUCUCCUUCUUCUCUUAUUCCACUUCUUCCCCUCCUCUCUCUUCUUCUCCUCUUCUCCUCCUCUCUCUUCUUCUUCUUUUAUUCCACUUCUUCGUCUCUUCUUCCUCUUCCCCCCUCCACUCUCUUCUUCUUCUCUUCUUCCACUUCUUAUUCUUCUCCUCUUCUUCGUCUCUUCUUCCUCUUCCUCUUCCCCUCCUCUCUCUUCUUCUCUUCUUCUCUUCUUCCACUUCUUCUUCUUCCUCUUUCCCUCCUCUCUCUUCUACUCUUCUUCCUUCUCUCUCCUCCUCCUCCUCCUCCUCCUCCUCUUUUUUGUCCCUUCUUCCUCUUCCCCUCCGCUCUCUUCUUCUACUUCUUCUCCUUCUCCUCUUCUUCGUCUCUUCUUCUUCCUCUUACCCUCCUCUCUCUUCUUCUCUUCUUCCACUUCUUUUUCUUCCUCUUUCCCUCCUCUCUCUUCUACUCUUCUUCCUUCUCUCUCCUCUUCUUCUUCAUCUCUUCUUCUUCUUCCUCUUCCCCUCCUCUCUUCUUCCUUCUCUUAUUUCACGUUUUCUUUUUCCUCUCCUCCUCCUCCUCUCUCUUUUCCUCCUCCUCCUCCUUUUCUUUCUCUUAUUCCACCUCUCCUCCUCCCCUUCUUCUUCAUCUCCUCCUCGUCCUCCCCCCCCUUCUGUCUCCAUCCAUUUAAAGCACUAGGAUACCACUUUAAAGUUUAAACCAUCCUGGUUUUCUCCAAAGAAUCCUGUGUGGUUUAGUUCACCAAGGGCCCAGAGAGUUGUUAGGGAACAACUGUCUUCCCAGGGAAGAAGUGUUCAUUGUUAAACCGCUCUGCGAAUUGUAGCAACUAACACCACUCAGAACCCUAAAAAAAGACAGCUCCCAGAAUUCUUGGAGCGGGGGGAACCAUGUUGGUUUAAAGUGGUGCCUCACACCUUGGGCUCUACCUUUGCUUAUUUAUUACACUUGUACCCCACUUUUCCUCCAAGGAGCUCAAGAGGCUUAAAUCCCAUUUAUAUCACAACAACCCAGUGAGGUAGGUCAGGCAGAGAGGCAAUGGCUGGCUCAAGAUCACCUAAUGAAAGCUUCAUGGCUGAGUGGGGAUUCAAACCCUGGUCUCCCAGGUCCUAGGCCCAACACUCUAACCACUACUGCUGCAUUAUUAAAUACAAGCGAUAACUUUAGAGUUAGCAGUUUAUUUAAUUGAUCUGCCUCAGUGGAGAGACCUGUUGCAGCCUAAUCUGCUUGUUUUAGAUAUGCUUUCCUAGUUGAAUUUCCCACCAUGAACAACAGACAGACAGACAGACAGAGAAAGAAGUUCCUUAAGUCUGCAAUGCUAUAUUCAUGGAGCUGGGAGUAAGUGCAGUGGGGCUUCCUUCUGAUAAACCUGCAUGCUCUAGGUUUCGGCUGUUAGUGGCACAAGGAAGCAGAUCGUUUGGGUGACUUGAAGUGUUACCGUAUUUUUCGCUCUAUAAGACGCACCAGACCACAAGACGCACCUAGUUUUUGGAGGAGGAAAACAAGAAAAAAAAUAUUCUGAAUCCCAGAAGCCAGAACACCAAGAGCUGCUCAGCAAAAGCAGCGAUCCCUCUUGCUGUUCUGGCUUCUGGGAUAGCUGCGCAGCCUGCAUUCGCUCCAUAAGACGCACACACAUUUCCCCUUACUUUUUGGGAGGGGAAAAGUGAGUCUUAUAGAGCAAAAAAUACGGUAAUUUCCUCCCCACCCUGUGCUGCAGGGGAAAGGAGAGGAGGAAGGGAGCAUUUGUUAUCCUUGUAGGCUGACACAGUUAGAUACCACACGUCUCAAUAUAUCAGGUAUCUGUUGGGUGUAAAAAGGGGCUCUCUCUUUCAUAGGCACUGCUUUAACUACAUGGGAAAUUCGCAAACGCCUUACUUUGUUUGUAUUGUGAGCAUCAUGUUAACUUUCCAUUUUUACUUAACAUUUUCAUUAUCAACAUUCCAAAAUACGUUUGGUUUACAGUGAGUCCGUCCUCCUCACAUGACAAAGUUGCUUUUCGCUCUUCCUAAGGCUGGUCCAGUCAGUGGUUUUAGCAGUACGGCUUAACCAGAAGUCAUAGAUGUCUGCAUUUUGGGGACAUUUCAUGUACCUUUACUCAUAAGCAAUACUCAUUUGUAAUGAAUAAGAAACAAAGUUCCUGGAUGGGAAAGAUUUCAGACAACAUCCUGCAGCAGAAGCUAAUUGUUCUUCCGCUUUGGAAAUGUCUCCAAAUGUUCAGCCACAAUCUUAUUUUCUCCUAAUGUUGAAGCAAAAUCUACUAAAUCUGUCCUCUGGGAAAUGGACAAGAAGUCUUUGCCUUCUUUCUGACUGCAGCCUUGAAAAUACUGGAGGUGGGAUCAGUCAUGUUCUCUCCGACUUCUUUUCUCCAGGCUGAACAUAUCCAAUUUCUGUGACACUCCUUCACCGCACAUGUUUUCUCUACCUCUGCCUACCUGUCUGCAGGCCGCUGAGCCGUUUUGACAUAUUAAACUUGACACAGUGCUCCACAAUAGGUCAUGCAGAAAAAAGGUUCAUGAUCUGGAAAUGAUUAUUUUUCUAGUGCGGCCUUAAAAUCAACGAAACCUCUCUUUUUUUGCAGCCACAGCAAUUGGCUGACUCAAUUGCUGCAGUCCCAUGAUCCUUUUUACAUAUACCGCUGUCAAAUUAAGCCAGGUAUCUCCCAUCCUACAUUUGUCUGGUUUUGGUUGGUUUGUUUGUUUUCCCAAAUGCUGAACUUUUCAAUUUGUUGCUGUUGGGUUUCAGCCUAGUCUUCCAUUCCCUCAGCGUCAUUUGGAAUUUUAUUCCUGUCUUCAGAGGCGUUGGCCGUUCCUUCCCCAUUUUGUGUCUUCUGCUAAUUUGUUAAGCAUUCCUUCCACCAUUUCAGCAAGUCAUUGAUGAAGAACAGUUGAGGUGUCCCAGGCCCAGGGUAGAUCCCUGCGGCAUUGCACUUGAAUCCUCCAAUUUCGCAAGGAGCCAUUGAUGCGCAACCUUUGAGUGCAGUUUCCCAACCACCUUGUGACUCUGAGCUUCUGCUUUCCUGUCCCUAGAUGUCCUGGCUACUUUUCUCAGGUCUGCUCUGUCCUUCCUUCUGUUUCCUAGAUGUGUCUGGUUUUAUUUUCAGCUCACCACUGAGCUUUUCCUGCAGCCACACCAGCUUUUUCAGUUGCCGCACUUUAACUUCUGGUCUGAAGCUCAACAUGAAAAAAAAGAAGAUCAUGGCCACUGGGCCCAUCACCUCCUGGCAAAUAGAAGGGGAAGAAAUGGAGGCAGUGAGAGAUUUUACUUUCUUGGGCUCCAUGAUCACUGCAGGUGGUGACAGCAGCCACGAAAUUAAAAGACGCCUGCUUCUUGGGAGAAAAGCAAUGACAAACCUAGACAGCAUCUUAAAAAGCAGAGACAUCACCUUGCCGACAAAGGUUCGUAUAGUUCAAGCUGUGGUUUUCCCAGUAGUGAUGUAUGGAAGUGAGAGCUGGACCAUAAAGAAGGCUGAUCCCCGAAGAAUGGAUGCUUUUGAAUUAUGGUGCUGGAGGAGACUCUUGAGAGUCCCAUGGACUGCAAGACGAUCAAACCUAGCCAUUCUUGAGGAAAUCAGCCCUGAGUUCUCACUGGAAGGACAGAUCCUGAAGCUGAGGCUCCAAGACUUUGGCCACCUCAGGAGAAGAGAAGACUCCCUGGAAAAGACCCUGAUGUUGGGAAAGAUAUAGGGCACAAGGAGAAGGGGAUGACAGAGGACGAGAUGGUUGGACAGUGUUCUCGAAGCUACCAGCAUGAGUUUGACCAAACUGCGGGAGGCAGUGGAAGACAGGAAUGCCUGGCGUGCUCUGGUCCAUGGGGUCACGAAGAGGCGGACACAACUAAACAACUAAACAACAACAACACACACUCCCUGCCAAACCCAUUUCCUGCCCCAGAAGGGGCAUGAUGUACUUCUCCCCCAUAUAUAUUCAACAUAAAUGCUUCCUGUGCCUGAAUGCAUCUUCUCUUGAUGCUCUCAUCCAGGGGUCAGCAAACUUUUUCAGCAAGGGGCUGGUCCACUAUCCCUCAAACCUUGUGGGGGGCCGGACUAAACGACUAAACGACUAAACGACUAAACAACAACUCCUUUCUGCAGGAUCUCCCAGCCAUCAUAGGGUUCUUUUCCUAUUGGAAUCCUGCCUCAUGUUUGUCUAGCCUAAUUUAAAGCAGCUUCCCGCAAUUUGCUAUGCUUUCCUUAAGCUUUCUAUAAGAUCGAAAAUUCCAGCACCCAAAGUCUCUUUUACCUAACUUAUCGCACACAGUUUGCUUAACAUCCGUGUGACUUGUGUUCCUGUUCUAAAUUCUAACGUCUGCUUCAUAUAGGAAAGGGUGUGCCGUACAAACAAGGAACCGUCUGUUCAGCUGCUCCUUUGGUAUACCAUGGCUGGCUAGUUAACAUUUUUAUUCCCAAGCGGGAAGGAGGGUUUUUCAGUGCACCAAUCUGCAGUACUUUGAAUGCCAAGCCUUCUAAUUUUUUCCAGUAAGGUCUGUCUCCUACGUCAAGUUGCUAUAAAAAGUGGAAAUGGAUGUUAGCCCAUUUUUGGCCCGUGCGUUUUCCAUAUAUCAGACGUUUUCUUUAAUUCCGAUUUACACCUGGGGCUUUCCUUGAAGAAGAUGUCUCUGAAAUUAUGCUCAGAUGUUAUAUUUUGCUAAUGCUGAUUGGAUACUCAACCGUUUUCCCUCGCCCUAUGCCGUUGUCUUGUGGCUUCUUCUUCCUGAUUUUGUAACCCAGAAGAGUGUUGCUACUCGAUCUGGUUAUUUUGUCUUCUUUUGUUGCAAGAAUGCUAGCUUUUAAACUCUUGCUGAAAACUUCAUUUCUGCCAAACCCUGGCAGGCAAUUAAGAAUACACCCUUCCACAGUGGUUAAUUGAUGUCUGUUUUCAUCUUCUUUGUGGUUUUUAUUGUACGGUUUUAUAUUUUACUGCUAGGUAUAAAAAGAUGUAGCUGUAUACAGUGGUACCUCGGGUUACAGGCGCUUCAGGUUACAAACUCCACUAACCCAGAAAUAGUACCUCGGCUUAAGAACUUUGCUUCAGGAUGAGAACAGAAAUUGCAUGGCAGCAGCGGGAGGCCCCAUUAGCUAAAGUGGUACCUCUGGUUAAGAACAGUUUCAGGUUAAGAACGGACCUCUGGAACAAAUUUAAGUUCUUAACCUGAGGUACCACGGUAUAAAUAUUUUUAUAAAGGAGGAUAGCUAGGCAUGGUGUUGCUAAACUGCAUUCCCACAUUGUUCUUUCUGCUUGAAUAAGAGAAUUUUUCACGAGCGACUUGCUUGCUCAGAAAGGAAAGAGGAUAUGCUUGUGUAAACGAAAAAGCUUUUAGAAGGCGCUGAAAAGAGUAUACGGUGGUACCUCGGGUUAAGUACUUAAUUCGUUCCGAAGGUCCGUUCUUAACCUGAAACUGUUCUUAACCUGAAGCACCACCUUAGCUAAUGGGGCCUCCAGCUGCCGCCGCGCCGCUGCUGCGCGAUUUCUGUUCUCAUCCUGAAGCAAAGUUCUUAACCCGAGGUACUAUUUCUGGGUUAGCGGAGUCUGUAACCUGAAGCGUCUGUAACCUGAAGCGUAUGUAAUCCGAGGUACCACUGUAUAGGGAAGGUGUCAAUAGGCAGGGACUUCCAAAGUGUAGGUGCUGACACAGUAAAAGAUUGAUUUCUUACCAACGCAGAAUGAGUAUUGUGUGGCACCUGUAACAGAGCCAAUUCUGCAGAUCGAAGCAGUUGCGUGGGCAUUUUUUGGCUGAGGCGAUCUUUCAUUAACGCUGGGCACAGAGAGGGAGAGUCAAGGCAGUGGGGUGCUCAGGGCUGGCAUUGCACCAAAGCCAACCUGGUACCCUGCUGCUCCCAGUUGCUCCCACACUGUGCCAAGCUCCCUGCUGCCUUUCCUUUCAGUAACUGGCAUUGGAAAGCCCAUUGAACAGCACAGCCCCUGCCUAGGCUCCGCCCCCCCGAAUUCAGAGCCAAUCAUUAACUUUUCAGGUGGCAGAAUUGCAUCAACAUGGAGUGCACGGAAGGCGGGAGAUACCUUGAGCAACAGGCGUCACGAGACUUUCCCAGCUUGCAUCGUGGCAGCUCAAGCCAGUUUCACCCUGCCUUGGUGAAAACCCCUUGUAUUUUUCCAUAGUUAACAUUAUUUCACUGCAUGCUAUUUGUCCCCAAAUCUGUGCAUUCCUACUUCUUAAGCCCAUGGUCAUAGCUCAGAUGAUCUCUUGGGCAAAUACGCCAGAGCUGCUCUGUUGACAUUGGCGCCUCAAUUCACAGCAUUGAGACAGGCUGCCACACUCUCAUUCAUUUGAUGUGCUGUCUCUCUCAGCGAGCUCUUCAUUAUUUGUUCAAUCGACAAAGAACAGCUUUGGCUGUAAUGCGACAACUGUCCCUGUUCAGUGUGACUCUUUGACCCGGCUUGUGCAUCGCGUUGAACCCUAGUUAAAAUAAGCAAUGGACAAUGGGCGCAUGCAGCGUGCAGCUGAGAUCACACGCAGUUCACUUCUCCCUGUGCUGUCAGGAAAUAAUCCACGCUCCUUCUUUUCAUUCUGCCUAAAUAAUAAUAAUAAUAAUAAUAAUAAUAAUUUAUUUAUACCCCGCCCAUCUGGCUGAGUUUCCCCAGCCACUCUGGGCGGCUCCCAACCAAGUGUUUAAAACAAUACAGUGUUAAAUAUUAAAAACUUCCCUGAACAGGGCUGCCUUAAGAUGUCUUUUAAAGAUAGGAUAGCUGCUUAUUUCCUUCACAUCUGAAGGGAGGGUUUCCACAGGGUGGGCGCCACUACCGAGAAGGCCCUCUGUCUGGUUCCCUGUAACCUCACUUCUCGCAAUGAGGGAACCGCCAGAAGGCCCUCGGAGCUGGAUCUCAGUGUCCGGGCUGAACGAUGGGGGUGGAGACGCUCCUUCAGGUAUACAGGACCGAGGCUGUUUAGGGCUUUAAUGGUCAGCACCAACACUUUGAAUUGUGCUCGGAAACGUACUGGGAGCCAAUGAAGAUCUCUCAGAACUGGUGUUAUGCAGUCCCGGCGGCUACUCCCAGUCACCAGUCUAGCUGCCGCAUUCUGGAUUAAUUGCAGUUUCCGGGUCACCUUCAAAGGUAGCCCCACGUAGAGCGUGUUGCAGUAGUCCAAGCGGGAGAUAACCAGAGCAUGCACCACUCUGGCAAGACAGUCAGCGGGUAGGUAGGGUCUCAGCCUGUGUACCAGGUGGAGCUGGUAGACAGCUGCCCUGGACACAGAAUUGACCUGCGCCUCCAUGGACAGUGGUGAGUCCAAAAUGACUCCCAGGCUGUGCACCUGGUCCUUCAGGGGCACAGUUACCCCAUUCAGGACCAGGGAAUCCCCCACACCCGCCCGCCCCCUGUCCCCCAAAAACAGUACUUCUGUCUUGUCAGGAUUCAACCUCAAUCUGUUAGCCGCCAUCCAUCCUCCAACCACCUCCAGGCACUAAACCUGGGAUCGUGGUUUGUUUCUCUCCAAAGGUGAAUGGCAAGGCAAGAACGAACUUUGGUUUGCAGGAAACAAACAGGUAGGUGGUUUGCACGUAAAGACAUGGCGACGAUGCAAAGUGUCUGAGAAGGAGCCUGUGGAGCAGAUUUUGGGGUGUUUGUGGGGGAGAGAGAAAGCAGGUGUUCUGUUUAACGAGCUGAUAUUUGUUGCUCAGGUAGAUGGACUUCGUUAAACGUUGCCCAGUUUAUAACACCAACGAUUGAACCAAUAGCAGGGGAUUGCAAACCCGGAAGUAGGUGUUUUGGUUUGUGAACUUUGCCUUGGAAGCAGAACCUGUUGAGUGUGUUCCAUUUGUGAAUUGAGUCCCCUGCUGCUCUGGGAAAGUACGCCUUGGUUUAAGAACGCUUUGGUUUAAGAACGGACUUCCGGAACGAAUGAAGUCCGCAAACCAAGGUACCACUGUAAAUAAAUACAGUGGUACCUUGGGUUACAUACGCUUCAGGUUACAGACUCCACUAACCCAGAAAUAUUACCUCGGGUUAAGAACUUUGCUUCCAGAUGAGAACAGAAAUUGUGCUCCGGCGGCACAGCAGCAGUAGGAGGCCCCACUAGCUAAAGUGGUGCUUCAGGUUAAGAACAGUUUCAGGUUAAGAACAGACCUCUGGAACGAAUUAAGUACUUAACCUGAGGUACCACUGUACUAUCAUUGACAUCCCUCGUGAAAUCAAGAUACACCAUGAGAACCUUUGUUCAAAACUCCAGAUUAUCCUGAUUUUUAUUUCCUUUUCCCAGGCACUACAACCGAGGCACAGCUUUCUGAGAGUGUAAAUGUCUCGACAUCCAGUUCCACAACUCACAACUUAACGCCUGUUUCAAAUCCCAGUGGGGACAGAACAAGGAUGACAACAAAUGAAGGCAUGCUACCAGCAUCCCCGAAGAGCGGGGCUUCUGUGUCACCUGGGCCAACUGCGACAGAAGGGAAGCAGGCAACCUCUGCGGCGCCGGCUUCUGCGACUCCUACUUUGCAAACAGAUGCUGAUACUUCGGAAGAUACCAAUAUUAACGAAGAUGACACGGUGGACGACACGGUGGACAAAGACCACGUCCCUAGCUUCCUCCCAACGGCCAAAGGAACCGCAGAUCCUGCAGACUAUUACGGCCCCUACGGGAUGCCGUCUGACGAUCAAGACGACCAAGGCAUCUCGGAGUUUACGGAAGAGUUGGCCAGCAUGCACAACUAUGAAAACAAGAAAUUGCUUCCUGACGAGAUGAAGGACACCUCUUCCUCGGAACUGGAAGAGGAUAGCCAUUUCUUUUUUCAUCUGGUUAUCGUUGCCUUUUUGGUAGCUGUUGUUUACAUCACGUAUCACAAUAAAAGAAAGGUAGGCCGCAUUUUUAGGUUAUGGUUUUGCAGUAUAGGAUGGGACGCAGGUGGCGCUGUGGGUUAAACCACAGAGCUUAGGGCUUGCUGAUCAGAAGGUCGGAGGUUCGAAUCCCCGUGACGGGGUGCGCUCCCGUUGCUCGGUCCCUGCUCCUGCCAACCUAGCAGUUCGAAAGCACACCAGUGCAAGUAGAUAAAUAGGUACCGCUCCAGCGGGAAGCUAAACGGCGUUUCCGUGCGCUGCUCUGGUUUCUCCAGAAGCGGCUUAGUCAUGCUGGCCACAUGACCCGGAAGCUGUACGCCAGCUCCCUCGGCCAAGAAAGUGAGAUGAGCGCCGCAACCCCAGAGUCGGCCAUGACUGGACCUAAUGGUCAGAGGUGCCUUUACCUUUACCUUUGCAGUAUAAGUACAGUCAUACCUUGGGUUUCAGACGCUUCAGGUUGCGUGUUUUCGGGUUAUGGACCCGCCAAAACUUGGAAGUACCAGAACAGGUUACUUCCAGGUCUCGGGGGUCGCGCAUGUGUAGAAGUGCUAAAUCGCACUAUGCACAGACGCGCCAAAUCGCAACCCACGCAUGUACAGAUGCGCUGCUGCGGGUUGCGAUUGCUACGGGUUGUGAACGUGCAUCCCGCACCGAUCACAUUUGCAACCCGAGCGUCCACUGUAUGCAGUUGCCCUGGCAGUUUUACAUUAUGUUGCAAGUAAUUGCAGCGCAGGUGUUUGAACAGAAUUGGAAAUCUUCUCAUUAGUUGACUUCUAUACCCCAUUUCUACAAAUUUGUACUCAAAAGUGGCGUGCAAAAGAAAAUGCAUUCAAAACUCAUGCACAAAUACAUAAUACCAUGGGGGGAAUAGAAGACAUUAUCAUACAAGAUAUACAACAAAAGCUCCAAAGUAAUUACAGUGGAACCUCUACUCACGACCACAUUCUGUUCCGGAGGCCCAUCCGUAUGGCAAAACAGGUCGCUGGUAGAAGCACUGUUGUGUGCAGGCGCAUUCGGUGGCAGCCACUUCUGCACAGGUGCAGAUAGCACCACUUCUGCGCGUGCGCAAAUCGCAGCAAACCCGGUGUUUCCUUCCGGGUUUGCCGCGGUCACGACUUGGAACGGGCCUAAGUAGAGCAGGACAUUAGAGGUUCUACUGUAACAGGGAAUAUUUUCAUAAGCAUUUCAAAUAUACAGAUGCACAUGUUCUCCAUGGUGUUUGGACAUCAGGGCAAAUGCAGCAAGUUAGGAAAUACAGUGGUACCUCAGGUUAAGUACUUAAUUUGUUCUGGAGGUCCGUUCUUAACCUGAAACUGUUUUUAACCUGAAGCACCACUUUAGCUAAUGGGGCCUCCCACUGCUGCCGCGCCGCCAGAGCACGAUUUCUGUUCUCAUCCUGAAGCAAAGUUCUUAACCCGAGGUAUUAUUUCUGGGUUAGCGGAGUCUGUAACCUGAAGCGUAUGUAACCUGAAGCGUAUGUAACCCGAGGUACCACUGUACAGGCUUGCAAAGAUGAAAAUCUUAAAUUAAGAAGGGUUCCAGUGCAUCAUAUUGGGAUAGCUAGGUUAAUUUGUAAAUGCAAGCAGUUGUGAAUCUGUCCAUAAAAAGGUAAAGGGACCCCUGACCAUUAGGUCCAGUCAUGGCCGACUCUGGGGUUGCGGCGCUCAUCUCGCUUUACUGGCCAAGGGAGCCGGCGUACAGCUUCCAGGUCAUGUGGCCAGCAUGACUAAGCCGCUUCUGGCAAACCAGAGCAGCGCAUGGAAACGCCGUUUACCUUCCCGCCGGAGCGAUACCUAUUUAUCUACUUGCACUUUGACGUGCUUUCAAACUGCUAGGUUGACAGGAGGAUGGAUCGAGCAACGGGAGCUCACCCCGUCGCGGGGAUUUGAACUGCCAACCUUCUGAUCGGCAAGUCCUAGGCUCUGUGGUUUAACCCACAGCGCCACCCGCGUCCCUUAAAAUCUGUCCAUAGUCAACCCUUUAUGGCAGUUGUUUUCAACUAGGGUGCCAAAGGCUCUCCUCUGAUGCCCUCGUUGUGUCUCUGCCUCCCAAAGGCUUGCACAGCUGUUUGUUGCAGCAGCCCUGGCUGCAAACUCCGCAGGCGAAAGGUGUCUCUGGGGCUGGUGUUUCCCAGGCCCCUGUGGGGCAGUGUGAGAAGGCACCCCUCUUUGGGGCAGAGGGGGCAGCUCAGAAACCAGGGGCGACAGCAGUGGCUUCCCAGAGGACCCCCAAAGAUUGGGGAGAGGACAGGAGACUGAAGGAACCCUCUACAAGAGAGGGUGUUUGGAAAAGGGUGAGAGGCUGCUGGCUCUGCUGGCAAGGGGUAACCUAACUGGGCUCCUGAGCCCCCCAGGAGUGCCGCAGAAAAUGCAGUUGGUCAAGGGAGCCAUGUAUUCCAAAAGGUCAAGGUGUGACAUUUCUGAGACGUUUUACAAAUGUUAGCAGAACAGAUGUGACAGUUUUAUUUGGAGAAGAAUUAAGUAAAAAUAAUAAACCCUUCUCAAGAGUUGGUGCCCUACAAUAUAUUUACAGUAUUUUUCGCUCCAUAAGACGCACCUGACCAUAAGACGCGCCUAGUUUUUAGAGGGGGAAUGCAAGAAAAAAAAAUUAAAGGGAGCGCUGAGCAGAGUCUGUCUGCAUCCCAGGCUCUGCUCAGCGCUCCCUUUCACGAGCCGCGUGGAGCGUGUGUGUGGCACUAGCAGGCUUUUCCCCAGGAGGGAGAAGGGACUGACGGGCCGCGUCAGUCCCUUCUCCCUCCUCGGGGAAAAGCCCCUGAGAGCCACACACAUGCUCCAUGCGACUCUUUAAAGAGCGCACGACUCUUGUGGGCUUUUCUUAAAGGUGGGGGAAUUCCCCCAUCUCCUGCAAAAGCCAGCAAGAGCCGCAAGAGUCAGUGACGGGCUGCCCUUUUCCCUCCUCGGGGAAAAGCCCGCAAGAGCCGCGCUCCCUUUAAAGAGCGCGCGGCGCAUGUGUGCGGCUCUUUGGGGCUUUUCCCGCCUGCCUCCCGCCUGCAUUCGCUCCAUAAGAUGCACACACAUUUCCCCUUACUUUUUAGGAGGGGAAAAGUGCGUCUUAUGGAGCAAAAAAUACAGUACUCUUCUAAGUCAUAAAAUGGUGGUGCAGCUUUUUAAGCUUAAUCUUCCAAGGAAUGUAAACAUUUCCCCCAUACCCUGAGAUGGAAUUGAAGUGUGUUCAUUACAUUUAUCCCUCCCCUCUCCUGUCUUCAGUGGGCUUAUAAUAUAGAAUCUCAACGUGAGAAGACAUAUGAUGGAUGACACUGUCUUUUAAACUUUCAUCCGAAGAACACAGGGCAGUUGACAAUAUAAAAAUGCAAAAUGAAAGCAUAAUAACAGCAAACUGGAGGGGAAAAACCCCAACCCAAUAACACCCCCCUCUGGAAAACAACUCCACAGUUUAAAAGGCUAUAUUGUUUAAUUGGGCAAAGGCUUGGGAGAAGAGUUUUAUUUUCUGCUGGUGACUAAAGAUGUGCAGUGAAGGCAACAGGCGAGGCGAAACUCCCUGGGAAAAGCAUUCUGCAAGUGGGGAGCCACUGCAGAAAAGGCCCUUUUUUAUGCAGCCACCCUCCAGACCUCACAGAGGAGGUACAGGAAGAAGGGCUUCAUAGGAUGAUCUCAGGGUCUGGGUCGAUUCAUAUGGGAAGAUGCAGUCCUCAAAGUAUUUAAGACUUUAUAGGUCAAAACCAAACUUUGAAUUGGACCCGAAAACUAAUUAGUAGGUGCAUUUAGUGAAGGAAAUGGUUGUGAUGACUUGCAAACGUUGACAAAGCAGAAAGUGUUUUCCCUUGAACCGUAUCCUCAUUUCUUUAUCGUUAGCUAAUUGUUUCUUUUCUCUCUAGAUUAUCCUCUUGGUCCAGAGCAGAAGAUGGCGAGAUGGGCUUUGCUCCAGGACCGUCGGAUACCAUCGUUUGGAUCAAAAUGUCAACGAAGCUAUGCCUUCAUUAAAAAUCACCAAUGAUUACAUUUUUUAAAAGCGGCGUGAUCUGAGUUGACUGAACUAGUGAUUUCCUUUGCCUGAGGUGCAGGUGUUUGCCAUAAGCAAUGAGUGAGCUCACACUCUUCCUUGCCUUUGAAGUUCUUAGCCUUAUACGAGGGCAUAGGAGGUUAGCAUUUCCUUCAGGUGGCAGCCAAACUUAAGAAUCAGUGUACGUAGUGCCGUUGUUAAUCACGUUUCUUUAUCUUCCAGUGUAUUCCCUUCUGCCUGGAGCAGUCCUAGAUUAGAACAUAGCCAAGUAAUCCUCAAUAUUCAAUGUAUUGCUAAAUCUGGCAACAGUGAACCACACUGAAAGGAACUCUGGCGAUUCUCUUUUUGCAUCAUGCGUUCUCUUCUCUCCCUCAGAUCGGGAGGGGAAAACUUAAUACAAGAAAGUGUCUGGCUCCUGACUUUAAACCACAUCACUGGGGUGAAGAUCUAGCUGGUGUUUGUUCUCUAUAGCCUUUAAGUAGACAUACAUUUUAAGAGAACAACCUUUCACAUGUUACCAAUCAGCCUGUCUCCUUGCACAGCUUAGAGAUACCCAUUUUAAAUACUAGUGGUGAUUAAGAGCACAUUUAUUAUUUUCUUUCUUUCUCUCUCCGCCAUUUUCUCUGCAAAAGAAAAUGCCUUUAAAACCCCAAAGUUGAGAGAAAACCUCUCUAGGCUUGAAGUGAGAUACAUGAAAGAUCAGCAGAACAAGCUCAUCUGUAGCACCCUCAAUAUUUUAACUUGUGCUUUUAUUCCAUUGCAACCAGGGAAAGUGAGAGAUUUAUUAUUUCUUGUUCUAAUCAAGGCGUAGGAUUGUCAGGAAUUCGAAGUUUCCCAGCUUCAGCGAACACUGCGUUAUUUUCUUUUAAUUUCGGGAAAGACAAAAAUCUCUUGCAUAUAGCUUGUACAGAAAGUUCUUGGGACCUCGGGAUUUAAAAACAAAUAAUAAAUAAAUAAAGUAUGUACUUUUGCUAUUUAUGUUUACUUCCACAAGUUGUAAUUAGUAGUUUCACUUUAAUGUACACCUUGCUCAUGAACGAUUCGUUUUGAAGGACUGAAAAAAUAUGUAUAUAAUCAGUAGGAACCUUGACUUUAUAUCCAAGUCUUGUGCUAUUCUGAAAAACCCUUGAACCUGUUUCAUGAGAAGAGUUGCAGUGGUAACGAUCUUGCUUAAUGAAGCUUCUGCAGUAAGCAUUCCUAAACAGGAAGGGGAAGAAGAGGAAGUCCAACGAUACUUGCCAAAACGGUUUCCUUGCGGUAAUUUUUAUCAUAUUUGAACUUGUAUUACUUUUAAUAAGAAUUUCCCCCCCAAAUAAACCCCAAGGAUAUAAUUUUUGUAGGAACUGCAGCUUGAUUUGUGGUAAUUCCAGCAAAAAAAAAAAUUUGGGUGCGGGUGUGAAAAUUGCACAAGGCACAUGACAAUUAUGUGCAGCUUUGAAUGAAAAAAUGAUUUUUGGUUUAGUUUGCUCAGCAGCAAAAGAUGGUUGGAGCAGUGUAAGGUGCGACUUGUACCAUUUCAUAUUAAAGGGGUGGUUUUUUUUCAAAAGGAUGUAGUCGGAGGAUAUUUUCCUAUAAAGUCACAUCAGUAUUGGUCCGUCAUUGGUGCAUAAUCACAGAUGGUCUACACAAAGGCGUUGUCUUGAGUUGGGGCUGAAGAAACAGAAUAAGGCAAAUGGGACUUUGUGGAUUUAGAGCACAGUAAACAACCGUUUGGACUGCUUACCUUCCAGCUUGCUAGGAUAUCACUUCAUGCUUUCUGUCUGCAUUCAUGUUCUCUUCUGUUUCUUCUGGUCCUGGGCUACUCCAGGCUGCUUGAAUGCCCCUGGUUUUCCCAUUUUCCCAUUCUUAAUGUUUGUGCCUGUCUGGCUUCCAAAGGGCAUGUAACGCUUAUUGCCCCAAUUGACUUUGCGUAUUUAUAUGCUGCUUAAUACUUUAGUCAGUCUCUAAAUGGUUUAAUCUACCAUAUUGGCCUGAAUAUAAGCCUCACUUUCCCCCCAAAUUCUGACCGUGAAAAGUUAAAAACAGCGAGGAAAGGAGCGGCUUAUAUUCGGGUAUUUUUUUAAAAAAUUCUUCUCUCCCCCCCCCAGUUUUAAAGGUGCGACUUAUUUUCAGGCCAAUACGGUAUAUGCACACCACACCCCACAAACAACGAAACACAGAAACUACUGUAUUUUUUGCACCAUAACACUCACUUUUUUUCCUCCUAGAAAGUAAGGUGAAAUGUCUGUGCGUGUUAUGGAGCGAAUGCCUACGGGUGGCAGGGGCUGCUGCAGUCGUGAGCAGAGGAUCCAUGGUUCCCCUUCCUUCCCUCCUCCGUGGCUCGCUUUGAAACAGCAAAGCGGGAGAGGAGCCGCUUACUCCUGUCUGGUUGGCUGCUUUAAAUCAACCGUACUCUCUGUCUCUCUCUCCUCCCCACUCAGCUCACUAAAUAGCAGCAAAGCUUUUCAGCGAGCCGAGCCAGGGAGGAGGGAGAGAAGCAGAGCCUGCUUGUUUUAAAGGAGCAAAGCGGGAGAGGAGAGGAGCCUUCUUCCCUUAUACCCCUCUUCUGCAUUAUUAGCAGCAUCCCUCUCCACACAGCCCACGCGUGCUCCUUGUCCCUUGAGUGCUUUUCCUUCCCUUCCCACUUAAAACGUGGUUACAAAGCACGGAUCCACAUGGAUCCUCAGGAUUUUUGCAUUGGGCUACCCCAAACUCACUGUCAGAUCACAUGUCUGUGGCCACAGCAUGAACCACAAAAAUCAUACAUCCACUGUUUCGUUUAGAAUAUUUUUUUUCGUUUUCCUCCUCUAAAAACUACGUGCGUGUUAUAGAGCGAAAAAUACAGUACAUUCUAAUCCUGUACACUAUGAAACCGAAUCCUCACAGAACUUCUAGCCCAAUGGUUGCCAUUAAUUUGAUUGGAAUUAAUUUUAUAAUAAAAUGAUUUUAGAAUGUUUUAGCGUUUUACUGUUGUUAGCCGCUCUGAGCCCGGCUUCGGCUGGGGAGGCUGGGGUAUAAAUAAAAUUUAAUAAUAAUAAUAUUCCUAACCUAGGCGACAGGAGCACUGGACGAAUCCCUUAGAGGCUUCCCCAACUUUUGACACAUCAAGCUGAAAGCAGACAACUCUCCAAGGUACCAAAGAAUCAAACCCAGUUACCUGCAAGCUGGGCUGUUCGUAGGCUGAACAGUUGCCAGAAACUACAUGAAAAGAGAAGACCCCUUGUGCUCAUGUUCUGUUUGCAGGUUUCCCAUUAGGACAUCCGGCUCGCCUCUUUGAGAACAGGACUAGAUGAACCAUUGGCCUCACCCGGCAGCUUCUUACAUUCUUGAAUCAAAAACCGC